AGCUUGAUCAAUUUUUGUAUAAAAAGCGAAAUUUUUAUAAGUUAUUACGUAGUCCCAUUUUGAUUGAAGUGGGUAAAGUUAUUUAGAUUAUAUAAUGAUUAAAGUGGUGUUAGCAACCAUUGCUAUCUUGUUGUGUGCCUUUUUGGUACUACAAACAGCCGCCACACCCACACCUCAACCGCAUCACAAACACCGCUAUCGUGAUUACGAUUAUUAUCCAAGAGAGUAUUAUCCCCAUAACUAUAGAAAAAAAGUUAUUAUAUAUGAAAGACCUGACAACUAUGGCUAUAAUCCUGGUUAUGGGAGAGGUUUUGGAGGAAACUAUGGAUCUUACCAAUACAACUACGGAUAUUAUUGAAAGAAGUAAUACAUUUUUGUAAAUAAAAUUCUUCUAUUAUGUUA